UUAGCGAGAAAUAAUCGUCAAUUAGACAUCGUCGAUUCGCCAUCAAUUUGAUAAGUCAUUUCUUAUUAGGACAUUGUAUUUCGGCGGCGAAUCUAGUACUGUAUACAUUGUAUGUGUUAUAUGGCGUAAAAAGUUCUAAGCACCAAAUUAAUGAAUUAAGAUUAAAGUACAAAUAAUACGUCACAAAUCACUCGAGAGUUAACAUUCACAACAGCAGUAAAAAAAAAUUGCAACAGUUACGUCCCUCGAUAAUAGUGAUCAUGGACUACACAAAAUUCUUCUCUAAAAUCACUAGUAGACGGAAAACAAACUUAAUUAGAGACUUAACCCAUCUCUACAUGAUACGACAAAAUGGUGUAAAUCUGGCUGGUGGUAUGCCAAAUACCUCUACAUAUCCCAUCAAUAAUAUUUCUAUGACAUAUAAAUAUGAUGUCCCAGUAGAACUUAACAAGCAAGAAACGUCUGCAGUUUUACAAUAUGGAUCUUCGCAAGGUUACGCGCCAUUAUUAGAAAAAUGGAAGGAAUUCCAAAAAACAUGGCAUUCACCAAAGCGAAAUGAUUGGGAUGUAGCGUUUACAUGCGGUACUAUGGACGGUUGUGAAAAAAUAUUUCAAAUGCUGAUUAAUGAGAAUGAUCCAGUUAUGCUUCAAGUACCAACAUAUACAGGAAUAAUCGGAGCGUUAGCACCUCUAUCACCAGAUGUUAUAGAAAUUAAUCAAGAUGCUGAUGGGAUAAUUCCUGAGGAAAUUUCCAAAAAAUGCGAAGAAAGACUUAAAGAUGGUAGACCAAUGCCAAAAUUACUUUACAUCAAUCCGACGGGAACAAAUCCUACAGGCGCCGUCAUAUCGGAGAUUCGACGAAGAAAAGUAUAUGAAUUGGCGCAGAAAUACAAUUUCUUGAUCAUCGAGGACGAUCCUUACUGCUUCAUUCAUUUUUUAAAUAAACAACCCAUGUCGUUUUUCUCCCUCGAUACCGAUGGUCGCGUGAUUAGAAUGGAUUCGUUUAGUAAGAUUAUAAGCGCUGGAUUUCGCGUCGGCGCUAUUACAGCGCACAAAGAUAUCAUAAAUAGAUUGGUUAUUCACAUUGCAUCCUCUAUUCUUCAUGCAUCAUGUUUAUCUCAGAUGUUUCUUUAUAAACUCUUUGAGAAUUGGAGACAGCAAGAAUUUGAGCAACAUUUUAAAGAAAUUCAAAAGUUCUAUCGAGAACGACGUGACAUGAUGCUGACUAUAAUUGAGAAACAUUUAACUGGUCUGGCAGAAUGGUACAUACCACAAGGUGGAAUGUUUUUUUGGAUUAAAGUAACAGUUGUGAAUGAUACAAAGGAUUUAGUGAUGAACAAAUGCGUACCGCAAGGUGUCUUCGUUCUUCCUGGCAAUGCCUUCAACUAUGAUUCUUCAAAACAUGAUUGUCAUUUGAGACUUAGUUACAGCUAUGCUUCACUAGAAGAAAUGGACAAAGGAAUAUCUAUAAUAGCCAAAAUACUACGUGAAGAAGCAGCGAAGAAAAAGUAACAUUCAAAUAUAUACGUAAAAAUUUUUAUU